AUGUCAGCAAUUUGCUCCACUUCAAGUCCGCCAUUUUCGACAAGCCGCAGUAUUUGCUCGAGUUUGUCGUUGUGCUCAACCUCUUCAAAGCGGAUACGUAACUUCUCUGUGAUUGCUCAUAUCGACCAUGGCAAGUCGACUUUGUCAUCCAGGCUACUGGAGCUGACAGGAACUAUACCAACGGUUGCCAAAUCUUCACAGAUUCUAGACAAGCUGCAAGUUGAGCAAGAGCGUGGCAUCACAGUCAAGGCACAGACAUGCUCCAUGAUACACCGGCAUACAGAUGGUAAGGAUUAUUUACUCAAUCUCAUCGAUACCCCAGGUCACGUCGACUUUAGAAACGAAGUAUCUCGGUCCCUCGCUGCAUGCGAUGGCUGUCUGUUGCUGGUGGAUGCUUCACAAGGUAUUCAAGCGCAGACAGUGUCCAACUUUUACCUUGCAGCCUCGCAGGACUUGCACAUCAUCCCUGUCCUCAAUAAAAUUGAUUUGCCAACAGCUGAACCUGCACGCGUGGUGGAGCAGAUUGAGGCGACAUUCGAUAUGCCAGCUUCUGAUGCACUCCAAGUAUCGGCAAAGUCCAAUUUGAACGUUGAGUCAGUCUUGCCGGCUGUGAUUGCUCGAGUGCCACCACCGCAGGACACACUGCAUCUCCCUCUCAGAGCUCUGCUGAUUGAUUCUUGGUAUGACAACUACCUUGGCGUCAUUGCCAUGGUCCGUAUCUUUGGAGGACUGAUGCAAGCCGGCCAAAAGAUCAAGUCCUACCACACCGGUCGCAAAUAUGAAGUCAGCGAGGUGGGCGUUAUGUAUCCAGAACGCACCAAGACGGACGCUCUGCGAAGUGGUCAGGUUGGCUAUGUCGUCACCGGCAUGAAGGAAAGCUCGCAUGCGCACAUUGGAGAUACAUUCCACCUAGAAAACAAGCCUGUUGAGCCUUUGCCCGGUUUUGCAGAGACAAAGCCCAUGGUAUUUGCUGGUAUAUUCCCGCUAGAUUCCGGCGAUUUCGGCAAACUUGAUGAGGAUAUCUCUCAUUUGGCUCUUAACGACCGGUCCAUCAGUGUACACAAAGAGUCAUCAGCGGCACUAGGCAAUGGCUGGCGAAUAGGCUUCCUCGGGAGUCUUCACCUGUCGGUCUUUGAAGACCGCCUCAAGAAUGAAUUUCAAGGGGAGGUCAUCAUUACCAAUCCUACUGUGCCAUACCAGGUGACUGCGCCAGAUGGACAAGUCACACAUAUCAGCAAUCCAACAGACUUUCCAGAUCAUGGCAAGCUGCAUGGAAAGGCAUACACGUACGAGGAGCCUGUUGUGGAAGCCACAAUGAUCUUCCCUGCAGAGUACAUCGGACCUGUAGUGACCCUUUGCGAGGAAUCCAGGGGCUCUAUGAUUGAGACGACCUAUCUCACAACAGAACGUGUCUUGCUGAAGUACACCUUACCAUUGCCAUCUCUGCUAGAUGACUUUUUCGGCAAGCUCAAGGGGUUGACGCGUGGUUAUGCAAGUUUGGAUUAUGAAGACGCCGGAUAUGUGGCAAGUGAUCUCGUCAAGCUCAAUAUGCUGGUCAACAAUGUAUCUGUUGACGCGCUCUGCAUCGUGACGCACCGCUCGCAGGUAGCAAUGCUUGCAAAGCGAUGGGUUACUCGUCUCAAGCCACUCUUGACGCGAGGCUUAUUUGACAUUGUCAUUCAAGCUUCGUGUCAAGGCAAGAUCUUGGCUCGCGACACAAUCAAGUCUGCGAGAAAGGAUGUCCUUGCAAAGUGUUAUGGCGGAGACUCAUCGCGAAAGAUGAAGCUGCUCAAGAAGCAGAAGGAAGGUAAGAAGCGGAUGAAGACUUUUGGCAAUGUUCAGAUUGAGAGCACGGCGUUCUACGAGUUCCUCAAAAAGUAG